AUGACCAGCCUUCGCACUUUCCAGACGGAGAUUGACGAGAUCUCGCACCGCGAGGUCGCCAAACAGCGCGCCCAUGCCACCGCCGAGCGGGCGAAGCUUGAGAAGGACGUCGCGAACAAGAAAGGCCCCGGCGCGAAGGCCCCGCUCGCGCAUAUCCACGCACGCAAGGAGAGCAUCGACGCGGUCACCCCCGCUCCGGCGAAGGGCCCAGCCGCCACAGCGGCGGACACUCGCGGCGGAGAUGCCGCAUUGAUGUCGGAUGUCGAUGAGCAGCUUCAGACGCUGUUAUUGUCGAGAGCACCGGACAACAUUGAGAAGGCCAGGAAUCUGAUCGCCUCGCUCUUGACACGUAACUUUGGCGAGUACGUCUUUCGAAUAGGCUCGCACCCUCCGACCGCGAGGGUCUACGCCGGCCAGGGCAUUGAGGACGAAGACGUGUGGGUCGGGUCCUCUCGGACCGCGGAGGAGCUUGAUGUGAUCAUUCAGGAAACCACGACUCUGGUGGACGAGGUGGGAGGAAAGACGUCGUUGUUAUUCGACAAUCGAAUAGACCAUCCCAGAGCCGCAUUACUAUUACGAUUACCACCGCCCGAUGUCGCUUCCACUCCCGAGGUACGGUGCGCCGUCGUCGGGAAUGUGGACAGCGGCAAGUCCACUACGUUAGGCGUGCUCACAAGAGGUCAAUUAGAUGAUGGUAGAGGUCGUGCGCGAGUGACCUUGUUCCGCCACAAGCACGAGAUUGAGACCGGAAGGACCUCUAGCGUGGGCAUGGAGAUACUCGGCUUCGGUCCUAACGGUCAGCCAAUAUUGCCACAGACGGCUCACUCGCAGGACCCAGACACCAUCCGCCGCGAGAAGAUGGGAUGGGAGGAAAUUUCCAUCCAAGCUUCUAAGAUCAUAUCUUUCAGUGAUUUGGCUGGACAUGAGCGAUACCUUAAGACCACUUUGUAUGGUCUGACCUCUGGGUCGCCGUCAUGUGUGAUUCUUAUCGUGGGCGGCAACGCUGGUCUCAUCGGCAUGUCCAAAGAGCACCUGGCGAUCGCAUUAGCGCUCAGCGUUCCUGUCGUGGUCUGCAUCACCAAGAUCGACAUGACACCUAAGAAUAUUCUCGCCAAGACCGUAGAACAGGUGUCCAAGAUUUUGCGUAGCCCCGGAUGCAGGAAAACCCCUGUGUUCGUCAACUCGAUGGAGUGCGCAGUGACAGUGUCUCAGUCUUUCGGCAAGGAGAAAUUGGCUCCGGUCUUCCAACUGUCCAACGUUACUGGAGAGGGCCUAGACUUUCUGAGGGCCUUCCUCAACUUGCUCCCCGCAAGCGAAAGCGACAACGAGAAGUUCCUUACUGAUCAGCCCUUGGAGUAUUCCAUCACCGAGGUGUACUCGGUUCCAUAUGUGGGAACCGUUAUAGACGGUAUCCUCAACUCCGGGACCGUGAAGGCAGGAGACGCAGUGUUAUUUGGACCCGAUUCUAAUGGGAACUUCCACGGCACUGUUAUCAAGUCCAUCGAACGCAAGCGCGCCCGAGUGGCCAGUGCUGAGGCUGGACAGUGUGUGUCGUUCGCCUUGAAGCGUAUCAGACGCACGGACGUCAGGAAAGGCAUGGUGCUUGUGCACAAGACCGACGCGCCGCCUAAGGCUGUUCGCCAGUUCGAGGGUCAGGUACUGAUCUUGUAUCAUAAUACCACUCUGCAAAGGAAUUACCAGGCCAUGCUUCACUGUGGCGCUGUGCGCCAGACGGUUCGAAUAUUGUCCAUGGACCAUCCCCAGGGCAUUCUCCGAACAGGGGAUCGUGCCACAGUUACCUUCGAGUUCAUCUCUCAGCCUGAGUUCAUCAAGGAAGGCAUGAAGCUCUUGUUCAGAGAGGGGAAGACCAAAGGUCUAGGCGUCAUCACUCGAUUAUUGUAA